CAGCUUCCGCUUCCCGCAAGGCGAGAAUGCCCUCUCUCUCUCGACCUUCCCGUUCUUCAGACUCCCAAGUCUCUACAAGUUCAGGUCGGGAAAGAGACAAAACGUCAAGGCUGGCAUUUGAACCAGAGGCUGUGUCAGAGGUGUCGGAGCUGCGGAGCUAGCGAAUGGGAAUUGCAUCCCAGCAGUGGGGUCUCGGCUACUCCAAUACUGAGCCCCAGGCACAACCAGCCGUUUUAGAGGGUGGAUAAGGACCAUGAACUUCAGAGAUGCUGAUGUGCACGGCUUCCUGUGGCUGCUGGCACGGCUGUCUGGACAUCUUCCUUUGAGUAGUGGAGAGCCAUGGAAGGUAUGUGAACAGGAGUCCAGAUCUGAGAUGCGGGAAGAAACUUCCUCCAGGCUAGCCUGAGGGAUUAAACCAACCAGGGUAAAUUCACAACGCACGAGUUUUCCAGAUUACGGAGAGCUGGGACUCAAGGACAUCCGGGCUGCGCGCCAGAAAUCUUGGCUGCGGGCGCCGAGAAGCUGCCAGCCCGCUGCGUGCCAGCUGCCUGUCUUCAAUGACGGUGGCUGAAAAGGCCAGCAGCCAGUUCCCUGGAUUGCUGCCAGAGUCGUCACCACCACUCUGAGGCGCCCUCUACCAGUGGCCAGGGCGAAGAGCUACAACUUCUAGACGAUCAGGGGGACAGAAUGGCAUACACACUCGCAGGAGUCUAAACUCGAUCGCCCUCUCAUGGUCAUUUUAGAGAACUACGCGCCACUCAGGACAAACUUCCCCAGCUUCUCGUCAAGCGCUGACGUAGAACUACAGCUCCCGGAGUGACCCGCGGCAACAGGUGGAACUACAUUUCCCAGAAGGCAUUGUCACGGAGCACAGCGUGCAGGAACCGGCAUCGACCCAGUGACCUGCCAUUGGACAUGGCUUUCCUAGCCCGUUGCUUUGGGUGCCAGGCCUGCAGAUCGGUGGCUCUGUUGAGUGGCAGGUAUCUCCAGUCCAGGAUGGGGCUCCCGGACGCCUGGUCCCUCCUCUCCCUGCAGCAGGUCCGGGGCCGCGCGCGCGGAAACGAGUAUCAGCCGAGCAACAUCAAGCGCAAGCACAAGCACGGCUGGGUCCGCCGGCUGAGCACGCCUGCCGGCGUGCAGGUCAUCCUCCGCCGCAUGCUGAAGGGCCGCAAGUCCCUGAGUCACUGAGGCGCGCGACGCCGCGGAGAAUAGACUCAGACGCUCGUAGAGUUGCCCGAGGGCAAGAAGUUGGGGCAAGCUGAAAGUGGGGUAUGUCCCUUCGUAAGUUUUUAGACGUGUCCCCCGUCAACGACUGGUCACCGACCACCAGCACCUGCGAUAUCUCAUCCGUUUCUGUGAAUAUAUUUGAAGCCAUCUUUGCAAGACAGGUUCAUUAAAACACCGACACCACCCUUACGUUUCCAGCCGUUCCAAAGUAUUACCGACUUGCUAAUAAAUAUUCACGUUUUUUGGAGCAUUA